UGGCGCGGCCGCAGGGGCGGGCGUUUUGGGGUGUCUAGGGCCGCUUGGUAUGAUCUGAGGCUCCCGGAGGCUGCCCUGGGGCUGGGGCAACGGGAGCGGGAAGCCGCGAGAGGAGGCCGGUCCGAGGCUCGCCAGCUGCGUCCGGGGGUGACCCCGAUUCUGGAUCGGGGUCGGGGGUGCGCGGGGCCCGUGCUGGUCCUCCUCUCAGGACGCCGUUCCGCCCAGAGUCCGAUGGCGGCGGCCGCGCGGAGGGGCCCGGCUCCGGGCUGUGUGACCUUUGAGGACGUGGCUGUCCGCUUCUCCUGGGAAGAGUGGGGUCUCCUUGAUGAAGCCCAGAGACUCCUGUACCGUGAUGUAAUGCUGGAGAACUUUGCACUGAUGGCCUCUCUAGGACUCGCGUCUUCCAGGACUCAUGAAAUUACCCAGUUGGAGUGGUGGAGACAGCCCUCCUUGCCUCCCCGUGGAGUCAUGACUGCAGCCAUGCCAAGAGGUUUGUGGCGUAGAGCAGAGGUCGAGGAAGCGCCUUCUGGGCAGAGUGUUUAUGUAGAAGGAGUGUUCAGAGCAAAACUUCAACAGCAGAAGCUGCACUGUGGAGAGAGAUCUUUAAGGAGAGAAGAGGGCGGGGAGGGUGGGAAGGACUUCCCAGUUAGUGCUGGUUUUCUUAACCAUCAGGUGACCCACAGUGGAGGGAAGCCACAUAGGAGCACCGAAGGUGGGGAGGCCUUCCAGCCUGGAAAAAGGCAUUACGAAUGCAGUGAAUGUGGGAAAGCCUUUGGUCAGAAAUACUUACUUGUUCAGCACCAGAGACUACAUACUGGAGAAAAGCCUUAUGAGUGCAGUGAAUGCGGGAAGUUAUUUAGCCAUAAAUCAAACCUUUUUAUACACCAAAUAGUUCACACUGGAGAAAGGCCUUACGGGUGUAGGGAGUGUGGAAAAUCUUUUAGCCGCAAUGCCGACCUCAUUCAACACCAGAGAGUCCACACUGGAGAAAAGCCUUUUACAUGCAGUGAAUGUGGAAAAGCUUUCAGGCAUAAUUCCACGCUGGUUCAGCAUCACAGGAUCCACACUGGAGUGAGGCCUUAUGAGUGCAGCCAAUGUGGGAAAUUCUUUAGCUUUAACUCAAGCCUCAUGAAACACCAGAGAGUUCACACUGGAGAAAGACCUUAUAAGUGCAGUGAAUGUGGGAAAUUCUAUAGCCACAAGUCAAGCCUUAUUAAUCACUGGAGGGUUCACACUGGAGAAAGGCCUUACGAGUGCAGCGAAUGUGGGAAAUUUUUUAGCCAAAGCUCUAGCCUCAUGCAACAUCGAAAAGUUCACACUGGAGAAAAGCCUUUUAAGUGCAACGAAUGUGGGAGAUUCUUCAGUGAGAAUUCCAGCCUCGUUAAACACCAGAGGGUUCACACUGGAGUGAGACCUUAUGAGUGCAGGGAAUGUGGGAAAUUUUUUCGCCACAGCUCCAGCCUUGUUAAACACCGGAGGAUUCACACUGGAGAAAUGCCUUAUGAGUGCAGUAAUUGUGGGAAAUCCUUUAGCCAGCGUUUCAACCUCAUUCAACACCAGAAAGUUCACAGUGGAGAAAGGUCUUGAAUGCAACUAAUGUAGAAAAGCCUUUUACCAAAGGUCUGCUCUGAUUCAGCAGUGGAAGCUUCAGUCCAGAUAGGCUGAUGAAUACAGUCAAUGUGAAGAGUCUUUUGGCUUCAGCCACAGACUUAACCUUGUUGGGCAUCAGAAUGUUCACACUGGAGAGAAGCUUUAGGAGUGCAGUGCACGUGUGGUCUCACGGGCAUCCUAACUUCAGACAGAGGAGCUCUGCAUGUAGCCUUCAUGAGGGAGCCACAGUGGACCAUCACUCAUCCGGCUAUGCUGACAUACUGCCUCCUGAGAAGGUCGGCCUCUGCCUCGGAGCUCCAGGAAGAGGGAGUCCCGUGUUCCUGGAUGUAUCCAUUU